AUGUCGCAAGCCAUGUCCAUUGAUUUCACAAGCGAAUUUUCCGAAGCUAGCGAGUUGUCUAAACUCGGUGAAAGUGAUAAAUCGGAGGUGCCCGCAGUCCAUGAGAGUGAUCAAUCAGAGACACCCCUGCAUCAAUCUGUUACAACACCUAGCGACGAAAUUGUAAUGACAGAGACCGGAGCUGACCAGGUGUCAAGCACGUCUGAGGUGGAGUCGGAAAAUGAG